AUGUCAAAGAUGAUGUCAAGUAUUGGUAAAAUCAAUCGUAUUGAAAAGGUUCCAUUGCCACCUGAUCAAGCUAAAGCUGCCAGAUCUACAAAAAUACCUUUGAUUACAACUCGUCUACCACAAAUAGAUUAUUUAAACAUUUUCAAAGGAUUGACUGUACUUUUCAUUGGGGACAAUACAAUCCGUACAAUUUAUAAAGAUUUUUGUUCUGUACUCAAGUACGACCGAUUACUUGACUAUACAGAGGCCGCUCGUCAACAUGGUCAAUAUAAACCAGUUCAAGAUGAACGUGUUCUUUUAUCUGAUGGUAAAAUUGGUACAGAUCAAUAUCGAGAUAUCAAGGAGUUUUUUCUGAAAGAUAACUCUACUCGAUUGAUUUUUGUUUACAUUGCCACAAUUUUCGAUGGCAUUGCUCAAUGUAACCUUGAGUAUUUAAAAACUACCGAUCAAUCGUUAUCCAUCGAUGUCAUCGUAUUUUCUUCUUAUGUAAAUGACAUGAAUAAGAAAAAGAUAGAUUUAUCAAAACAAAAUAUUGGGUCAUAUUUUGACAAAUAUUUGAGUCACUUAGGCGAUUUUUCUACCUAUUUAAGUAAAUUUUGUAGUGUCCCAAAUAAAACACAACAUUAUUUCUGGAUGACGCCACUACCACAACCCUUUCAUAUGUCGCCAAUAAAGGAAAGCCAAUUUGAACAACAUAUCAAAGAUGCAUUCCAUACAGUUAAAGUAGAUACAUUCAUUCAAUUCGAUCGAUACGAUAUUUGGAAACGCCGUAAAGAUUUAACCAUCGCUGAAAACGGUUACUUUUCAUUACAUGGCAUUCGUGAAGUAUCAGAUAGUUUCACUCGUUUUCUUGCAGUUAAACUUAAUCGAUACUUUACAUCCUCUAUCGCCUUGCCUAUUACACCUUUGAGUUAUCUGAAUGAUAAAUCAGUUGUUCAUAAUGAUUGUUCAAAGCAAACUACUACAAUAUCAUUAUCAAAAUCAAAUCGAUAUCAUCCCUACAAUCAUUAA